AUGGAACGAUUGAAGCCACAAUUGAACCGAAUUUCCUUAACAUAUACAUCGUCAGAAUAUUCACAAUAUCAAAAUGGGCAGCGAUAUGCCGAGCCCACUCCCGCCAACAAUGUCGGAGGUGGACAAGGAUGGGGCGACAGGCUCUGGUUAGGUGGCAAGAAUGAGGGAUUGGGCCAUUCAGAUGCUAUCAAUCCCAAAUCAACAAUGGGUGACUUCCUUUCUUUGAGUGAUCAGAAGACGCAAGCGCAAAAUAAGUUUAUCGAGCGUGAGAACAUGCUUGAGUCCAAUGCCCUACCUAUGAAUACCGAAGGAGAGCCAACUUGUGUUACCGAAGACCAUAGUUUCAUGAACCAUAAGGCCGGUGCCCCUGAUACUUAUCCUGGAUGGAGUACAGUUAAGAACAUUUUUGGCAAGUGA